AUGACACCAAGGAGUUCAGCAGCGGCGUCGUCAGUGACGAGAUCCGUUUCGAGGUCUUCCAGGAGUCCGCAUAUUGUGAGGUUCGAGAAGGGUGAUCCGGAUAAUCCAAUGAAUUGGCCGGAGUGGAAGAAGUGGAUGGUGUUUUUCGCGAUUCUGCCGGUCAACUUAUCGCUCAGUUGGGGCGGUACCGCCUUUUCACCCGCAACAAAGCUCUUCGAGAAAGCUGUGGGCGUAUCUGAAGUCGUGGCCACCCUUGGCAUCUCCCUCUAUGUUCUCGGCCUGGCAAUUGGACCUCUAUUUUUAGCACCGCUCGCCGAGUACUAUGGCCGUACUCCAAUCUACUACGCUUCCUACCCUGUGUACUUCUGCUUCCUCGUCGGCACGGCUCUGGCCCCCAAUCUUGGCGCUUUUCUGUCCAUCCGGUUUAUCUCGGGUUUGGCUGCUUCCUCCGCGAUCACCAACCUUGGGGGUACAAUUGCGGAUAUGUGGCCAGUCUAUGAAGUCGGUAUCCCGAUGAGUAUCUUCAUCUGGUCCGAUACAGUCGGCGCACCGAGUGGCUACCUCAUCGGGAGUUUCGUUACCUUGACGGGAGAGUGGCAGAACAUCUUCUGGGCAUUGCUGGGAAUCACGGGUGGGUUUUAUAUCUUCAUGUGUUGUUUGUUAAGGGAGACGAGACAUAGUAUCAUCCUCCAGCGUCGUGCGAAUCGGGAGAGGAAGGAGAGGGAAGAGAUAACGGAGGAGUUGAAUCCGAAUGUUGAUGUUCCUGACGAGGAUAAGCGGGAGGAUGUUGAGGAACUGCUGAGUCAGUCGCUCGUUCGCCCAUUUCGCUUUCUCACUACGGAAGCUAUCGUUGUCUUCACUGCUGCAUAUAACGGGUUCGUAUACGGUCUCUCCUACCUAUUUACCGACGCCUUUCCCCUCGUCUUCGGAGAAGGCGGACACGGCUUUGGAACGGUCGGACAAGGUUUGUCCUUCGUCGGCAUCAUCAUCGGCGUCUCAAUCGGCGUCCUCACAAACCUAUACCAAGAACGCUACUACCAACGCCGAAUCCGCUCCCGCUCCCCUUCUGGCCGUACAACCAUCUCCAACAUCCCCGAAGCGCGCGUCUACCUCUCCCGCUACGCCUGCCUCGCCCAACCCCUCGCUCUCUUCUGGUUCGCGUGGACGUCCUACAAAACGGUUCACUGGAUCGUGCCCAUGUUGGCCAGCGUGGUGUGGGGAUGGAGUUAUUAUGUGGUUAUUUUGUUUACAUAUACGUAUGUUGAGGAUACGUAUAAGGAGUAUUCGGCGAGUGCGUUGGCUGGGCUGGCGUUUGUUAGUGAUAUGUUUGGGGCGGGGUUUCCCCUAUUCGGCACUCAGAUGUAUAAUAAGCUCGGGUAUGAGUGGGCUACGUCACUUAUCGCCUUCCUCUCGUGUUUGAUGAUCCCCACCCCGUUCCUGCUAUUCUACAAAGGCCAUCGACUUCGAGAACGGUCGCCUUGGGCUAAUGAGCAUAUGGGGGAUAAGAUCGUGCUAGAUGAUGAUGGUGAGGAGGUCACGGAUUCGGAAGACAGGGAAUCAGAGGGCGCGGAGGAUGGGGAGGUUACGGAGAAGGGGAGUGAUGUGGAGGUUGCGACAGGGAGCAUGUUUGUUGGUGUUGGGACUGAUGGGGGGAGGAGCGAGUGGAGUAGACGUUGA